ACCAAGUGAUUCCGAUAAAGACUAUGAAGACUAUGAUGAGACUUGGAAACCGAAUAGAAAAGACAACUCUUAUCCAUCUUCAGGUUGGUAAUCGAUCCAAUAUAUCCUUUCGUAGUAUUCGAAAUAUAGGACCUGAUGGUUCUUAUUAUGACUGUGAUAGUUGUGCAGUGCCUGAAGGUGGUUGGCAAAAAUAUUGGAAAGACAAACAAAGCAAAAGAAGAUCAACCCAUAAGAGUGCUUCUUCUGAUUCUUUUUCAGAAAGUUGUUGUUCAGAUGAAGAAAAUGAUUGGUUAGGAGAUACUUUGAUAUGUUGUGAAAAGUGUCCAAUAACUUUACAUUUUGCUUGUGUCUGUCCACCUUUGAAUCAGAACAAGUUGAAAGAUAUUUGGUUAUGUGCUUUAUGUGAACAACAAAAUCAAUCUAUAACAAAAACUCAUCGAGAUAUUCCUCCCUUAUUAUUAUUAUCGUCCUUCAAUAAGAAACAUGAUUCCUUAGAUAUCAUUCAAACUCCUUCAGUCAAUAUUCAAUAUCAAAUAUCCAGUUGGAAUUGGUUCAACGAUUCUUUUUCAUUAUUGUAUCAUUGCUCUGAUGGAAACCUAAAAAAGGAAUCGAAUCAUAACCAUAAUCAUGAGCAUCAUUCCUUGAAGCUCAUCUUUUCUCAACUAUCGCAAUUAGUGAAAGAUCGAAACACAACGGAAUUUACUCCUCAAAUGAUCGUAUUUAGUGCUUUUGAUGGAAUAGCUGCAGCUCGUUUGGCUUUGCAAAGACUAGGAAUAGUUCAUGUUCGUUAUUAUGCUUCCGAAAUUGAUUCAAAAGCUAUACGAGUGGCUCAUACUCGUUUUCCAGAUAUCAUUUCGUUGGGUGAUAUUCGACAAGUAAGCAAAAGAGAUAUUCCUGAAGGUGUAGACUUUAUGAUUGGAGGAAGUCCAUGUCAAAGUUUAUCCCGAUUGGGUCGUCAACGAGGUAUUCAAUCAGGUCCCAGUUCCUUAUUCUUUGAAUAUGUUCGUCUAUUAGAAGAAUUGAAGCCUCGAUACUUUUUAUUAGAAAAUGUGGCUUCCAUGAAUGCUCAAGAUAGACAAAUCAUUACGGAUGCUUUAGGAGUGGAGCCUAUCUUAGUAGAUGCGUCAAGAUUCUCAGCUGGUAUUCGAUAUCGUUAUUAUUGGACUAAUAUUCCUAAUGCCAAGAGAAUAUGGACACUAGAAGAAAAACCAAAUUGUUAUUUACAAGAUAUUUUAAUGGAUCAUGCUAGAGCACAAUAUCCUAAAGCUUAUACUAUAACUACCAAUAAUUAUGCACCUCGAGCUUUUGAUAAUCGUUUCAAUACUGUUUGGUAUAAUGACCAAGAAAAGAGAGGAUUGAAUAUCAUUGAAGCAGAAAGAAUACUAGGGUAAGUUAUGAUAAUCUCAUCCCAUUCAUUCAAUAAGGACUUUUAGGUUUCCCGAUCGUUAUACGGAAUGUGUGAUGGAAU